AUGGCAACACCUCAACCACCAGCACCAGAAGAAACCCCCUCCAAAACUCCCAAAAUUGCCUCUGCCCCCGAAUCAACCCCCAUAACAACUCCACCAGCGGUUCCCGAGAAUUACGAAGAACAGAACGUCCACGCCGUCUACGAACAAAUCGCGUCACACUUUUCCUCCACCCGCUACAAAGCCUGGCCCAUCGUGAAAUCCUUUCUCCAAAGCCUAGCGCCUGGCUCCAUAGGUCUAGACGUCGGCUGCGGCAACGGGAAAUACUUACUCGUCAACCCCGACGUCUUCAUCAUCGGUUCCGACCGCUCUACAAACCUCGCCAAAAUAGCCAGCGCUCACCAACCACACUCCGCCAUCGUAGCCGACACCCUAGCCCUUCCGCAUCCGGAAUCCAAAUUCGACUUCACAAUCAGCAUCGCCGUAAUCCACCACCUCUCCACCCCCGCCCGCCGCCGCGAAGCCGUAUCCUCCCUCCUCUCCACCCUCUCCUCCCCCUCGGGAAAAGCACUAAUUUACGUCUGGGCGCUCGAGCAAUCCUCCUCCCGUCGCGGCUGGGACAGUAAUAACCCGCAAGACGUCAUGGUACCCUGGGUAAUGCGGACUGGCAAAAAGCUGGCCUCGGAUGGAAGUAUCGAGACACCGGCAUCGGAGCAGACAUUCCAGCGCUACUACCAUUUGUAUCGGGCCGGCGAACUCGAGGAGGAUAUUAAAGCCGUGGGGGGUGUGGUGGUAGAGAGUGGCUACGAGAAGGAUAAUUGGUGGGCUAUUUGUUCGCGGGGGGGUGCGAGUGGAUGA